CCGGUCCCUCUCAGUCUGCUCCCCUGCACAAGUCACCAGUCAUCAAGAUGAACUGGAGGGUGUAUAUGGUCCUGCUCUGUGCCAUACUCUGUUUGGCAUCAUGUGUUUCAGCACAAAGGCAAAGAGGUAAUCGCAGAAAUCCAGGAAAUCGCCAGAACCGACCAAACCGACCGAACCGACAGAACCGACCAAACCGGCAAAACCGCCCAAAUCGUCGUGGAAAUGGUGGUCGAAGAGGUGGGAGUCCUUCCUCUAGCCAGGGCAAUAACAGAGGCUCUUCGGUCCCGCUUCCAACGAACUCGACCGAGUGCGAGGUGAUCCAAGUACCCAUGUGUCGAGGUAUGAUCGGAUAUCGCCACACCCGUCUUCCCAAUCAGUUUGGACAUACCACCCAGCUCCAGGUCUACCGCGCCCUGGAAUACAUGUGGGCUUUCAUGGACAUCGGAUGCUCUGCUGAUUUCCGAACAACCGCAUGCGGCUACCAUUUGCCCAAGUGCACCCCAGGUCAAACCGCCCUGCAGUUACCCUGUAAAGAGACUUGCAACCGCGCACGCAAAUGUAAGGUGAGGAUGAGGCAGUUGCAGUCCCAGUGGCCAUCUCAGUUCCAGUGCAGGAGUCUUCCAUCACAUCGGCAACGGAACUGUGUCCCGCCCAAACAGAGAGUCCCCUCCUGCCACCAGCGCCAUCUUACUUGCGAGCAGAACCCCAUCGCCUUGUGCCAGAACCUGACCUUCUCCCAAGGGUCUCUGCCCAACAUGUUCCUGCAGUGCAACGUGGAUGAGAUCGAGAACGAGAUGCAACAGUUUCAGGACCUGCUGAGGACCAACUGUUCCCCUCACCUCCGAUUCUUCAUGUGUGGGAUAUACAUGCCGUAUUGUGUCAGAGCAGAGACUCCCUUUGCUCUGCCAUGUCGGGAAAUUUGCGAGGGUGUGCGCCGGAGCUGUGAGAGAGCUUAUCGUCGCCUGUCCAAUGGUCUCCCUUGGCCAAGUAAGUUUCAGUGUCAUCGUUACCCACAAUCAACCAAUGUGCAGCAAGUGUGCGCCUCCCCCUCCGAUGUUGUGCUCCGUACUCCGGAGCCAGAACCAGAACCGGAUGGUACUACAAGACGACCACGGCGACAACGAGUUACCCCACGCACUAACAACUAAUGACCUUGCCUACUAGGUGACUAUAAACAUGAGAAGAUGAAAUAUAUGAUACUGAUAUUUGACGAACUUUGCCAUUCAUGGAACAAUGUCUUUAGGUGACUUAUUGACAUGUAUCAUGUUUAUUGUAAAUUCAGAAACAAACAAACUGUGUUAGUGUUGCCUCAGAAACAAAAACAUCUUGUACAGUGUGAAUUCAGAAACAAACAAAACCUCAUUACAGUGUUGCCUUAGAAACAAACACAUUAUAUACAGAGUGAAUUCAGUUACAGUGUUUCAGUACAGUGUUUCAGUUACAGUGUUUCUUUAGAAGGAAACAAAUCUACCUAUGACUAAACCUAUGACCAUGACCAUGACGUCAUCUUACAUUUUAAUCCUUGGACCGUAACGAGCAGACUGGAGACUGGAGAUUUUAACUUUCAACACCUUUACAAGGGAAUUAUGCAACAUAGCAUCGUCAACGUUUACGGUCUGUAUGCACUGUGUUUCUUCCCCUGCCCAUGAAUACAUAUGGCUGAUACGGUGUGGAGAAGUGAAAUCUUCUCUAAGCAAGGGAGUUAACUGACUGUAAAAGUCCAGUUUCCAGAUGGAUGGAAUUUCUGGGCUCAAUCGUAGUGCCACCAGUGGCUAUCAUGAGUUAUGCCCUUCUAUGUCCCUACUAUUGACCAAUCAGAUUACACCUUUCAUAUCACUUGCAUUUGCUUCAAACAAAACGGCAGCACCUGGUCAAGACGAUCUGAUUGAUAAUCAAAAUUUAUAAUUAAACGGGUCUCACAUCGUCCCGAGCAAACUCAUGUGAGCACCUUGAUUUAAAACAUUAAAAGAUUUGGAAAACAUCUGUUGACGCUAAGUUGAUGGAAUACAUGCUUUACAAAUCCUGCAAUUGACCAAAAUCUGCAUGGCAUUUUACAAACCAGAUGUAGAUUUUGUUUGAACUAUGCACAGGCUCGUUAGUCCAGCCAAAAUAUAACUCCAUAAUUGCAGCCUAGCUCGGCAAUGGUGGAACCUGGACUUUUGUAGUCAGUUAACUGCCUUACCUUGGGAUAGACUAAGGCUGUGUAUCGGUAAAAUGGGAUAUAUCACUGUAUUGUGAUAUGCACUGGGAUUUAUUGGGAGCUAAAGUGCUUGACAGAGAUUGAUACAGGGGAGAUAACAACUUGAGAGGAAAAUCACAUGAUCAUUUACGCCAAUGUGUGAAUCAAUUUGUAGGGGAAACAUUUGUGAACGACCUUGCACACAACUUAACAUAUGUCAUUUGAGGGAUUCAGAGUACCUAAAUAUCCUAUUUCAUUUGUCAACAGCUUGUCUUGAGAGGCGACUUAUGGGAUCGAGUCAGGCUCUCGCUGACUUGGUUGAUGCAUGCCAUCGACCCCAAUUGCGUGGAUCGAUGCUCAUGAUAUUAAUCACUUAUAUUGUCUGUUCCAGACUCGAUUAUUUACAGACCGCCAUCAUAUACCUGGAAUAUUGCUGAGUGCGGGGUUAAACAACAAACAAACAAACAUUGUUACCAGAUGAAUUGCUAAAUGAUAAAAUAUUGUAUUUGACUAGAAUUGACAAGUACUGACAGGCAUUGACAAGCAUUGACAGGCUUUGACCGGCAUUGACCUCAGCUUACCAAAUUAUACACUUGACUGUAAAACUAUUUGUAUGACAAUGUUGUGACAAUAUUUUACAUGUUUGUUACUGGCAAUGUAGUAAACAAUUUGUUUAGUAAUGUAGUAAACAAUUUGUUUAGUAACAUAUUGUUAUAGCAGUUUUUAUUUGUAAAUAAAAAGUAUAUACCAAA